AUGCUUUCUCGAUCUACAUCUCUUCACGUCGGAGUCAAACCCCGCCUUCCACAAGUGCAAAGCACAAUUUAUCGGCGGCAUCGCUCAACCAAGCAAAGGUUUCAUGAUGCAGCAGUUGCUACACCCACAAUCCAGCCUCCGCCCGAAGUUCCGACCAUGGCAAGACUUCCAACCAAAUUGGUCUUGCGUUCUCUGCUUUUGACCUCUCUUAUGUCUUCCAAGAUAUUUCUCAAGCCCGCACUUUCCGUUCUGAACCUUGUCACAAAUUCCAAAUCCGCGAUCCUUGACCCCGAUCAAAACCUAUUCCUCAAUAAAAUCCUACGAUGGACAGUGUAUGACCACUUUUGUGCGGGCACGAACAGGGCAGAAGUAUCAAAGACGGUUGCAGAAAUAAAGAAAAUUGGCUACCAAGGAGUCAUUCUGGGUUAUUCGAAAGAGAUCGUCAUUGACCCCAACGAAAAGUUGGCUCAGGAUGAGACCAGUUCGGCAACUUAUAGUGAAAAGUGUUAUGAGAUGGUGGAAGAAUGGAAACAUGGUACACUUGAUACUCUCAGUAUGAUUGGAUCAGGAGAUUUCCUGGCUGUGAAGCUCACGGGUGCCGGUCCAAUUGCCGUGGACGGUAUGGCAGAGAAGAGGACCAUGCCUGAGGUCAUAAUGAAAGCUAUAGAUGAAAUUUGUAUUGCUGCCCAAGCACAGGGAUCACGCUUGUGGCUAGAUGCUGAACAGCAAGUUCUCCAGCACGGCCUAGAUGACUGGGCUAUUGAGAUAAUGCGAAAGCAUAACAGAACCAAUCAACCACUUGUGUACAACACCAUUCAGGGGUAUUUGAAGGCUUCAAAGGCAAAUCUCGAUAAUCACAUAACCUUGGCGGCAAAGGAGGGAUGGGCCCUUGGAAUUAAACUGGUUCGGGGAGCAUACAUUGAACAUGAAGCUCGAUCUCUCAUUCAUGAUACGAAGGAGGAGACAGACGAAUCUUAUGAUCUGAUCGCCGAUACAAUGCUCUGUCGCAGAAUGCCCAAAGAUGUCAAAAACUUGACAUUUCCCAUCGCGGCCCUUUUCCUCGCCACACAUAAUGCCGCGAGCGUUGCUAAAGCAAUCUCCACACAUCAGAGUCGUCUGCUUGCAAAUAAGCCAACGGUGUUGCUGGAAUGUGGACAGAUCCAAGGAAUGGCGGACGAGCUUAGUUGCGAAUUAGUGCAGAACUAUGAGAAUGCUUUGAAGGAAUCUUCCGCAGCGAACAUGCCGGUCCCGAAGGCUUUCAAAUGUAUGGCAUGGGGAUCGGUCUCGGAGUGCAUGCAAUAUCUGUAUCGACGGGCUAUUGAAAACAAAGGCGCCGUUGAGCGUACACAGCAUAUGGCGACUGCUCUGCGCCAGGAGCUGUGGCGGAGGAUUGUUGGUUGA